AUGUCAACAUCCAAAAGGUUCGAGAAUAAAUUUUCAGAGAAACAUUUUAUAAUUUUUCUAGAUGUGGGAAUUUGCGCAGCACAGUUUGUUCGUUGGUUUUGGAAUUCUGAAUUAAACAAUUGUGAAACAUUUACAUAUAGUGGUUGUGGAGGAAAUGGAAAUAAUUUUGCCAGCCGUGAGGAAUGCUUAAAUAUUUGCCGUGAGGAAUUAACAACAGUAGACACUUCAAAUGAUGAAAAAAGUGCUUGUGAUGUUGAUAUAGAUCCAGGAAGUUGUGGUGGAAUUUUUAUGAGAUAUGGAUUUGAUAGAAGAACAGCUCAGUGUAGACAAUUUCAAUACGGUGGAUGUGAGGGAAAUGGCAACAAUUUUGCCUCAUUGCUCGAAUGUCGGAGUAAAUGCCUCGAUGAACCUGAAGAGCCUCUCAGCCCAAAUAUUUGUGAACAUCGAAUUGAUCCGGGUACCUGUUCUGGUACUUUUCACCGUUUUGGUUAUGAAACAUUAGCAAAUCGAUGUACAAGAUUUGUUUAUGGAGGAUGUGGUGGAAAUGGAAACAAUUUCGCUUCAAUUGAUGAUUGUCGUGCAGCUUGUGUUCGUCAUAUUUGCCCACCAGAACCUGAAUGUGACACAAGUGGACGUUGUCAACUUGUUAAAGAUUCAAAAGGAUGUUCGCUCUGUAGUUGUCCACCUCCAAGACAUUCGCCAAUAAUUCCUUCUGUUCCACCAUUGGCUCCUCCAGCAGUUGAACCACAUAAAAAUACUUGUCCGCAAUUGGAUGUUAAAUUGUGUCAGGAGCCGUGCAUCAUCUUUUUAAAUCGUCGUGGAUGCCGUGAAUGUGUUUGUCCAAUAAUUACUCCACCGACUAAUUCGUUUCAUGAAUCUCCUCCUGCUCCGGUUUCCAUUCAAGAAUCUCCAUCACCACCGGCAAUUCAAACUGUUUCAGUUCCACAGAUUAACAACCGACAGCAACAACGUCCUUUAGAAUUAUCUUCAGCUUCACCUCUUCCUCCUGCAUCAUUUUCUUCAUUUGUGCCUUCUUCAACGGUCUCUCCUCCAGCUCCACCAGCUAUACAGCCGCCAAGACCUGCAAUAAUCGGUGUUCCAUUUAAUAAAGCUUUGGAACCUUUACCUCCACCAACAACAACAACUGAAUUACCAUUAUCCUCUUCUCGUUCACAACCAGUGUUGUCAAAGAAAUUGCCUCAAACUCUUGCUGAAGCAGUUAUUUCUCAACCAGCUACACCAGAACCUUUGCCUUUUGGCCAUAAUGAAAUUUGUACACAACCAUUGGAUAUUGGUGCAUCUGCAUGUUCUCGUUUUGUUCAACGUUGGUAUUUUAGUUCAGAAAGUGGACAAUGUGAAUCUUUCAGCUACACUGGAUGUGCAGGAAAUCGAAAUCACUUUUUCUCGAAGAAGGAAUGUCAAAUAUAUUGUGCUCGAUUUUCAAGUAAAAAAAAUUUGUUAUUUUAUCAUAAUCACACACACUUGCACUCAUUUAAAUCACAAUAA